AAAGAAAAAAGACCUCCAAAAAGAAAUAAAAGUCGUCGUAAAAGUAAACCCACACGAAAAUGUGGUCGUACAAAUUUUCGAAUUACGAAUUUUUAGCAACAACAAUCGCGACUAAAAUAAACCUCGCGGUUGUGACGUAAGAAGAAUCGUCCCCGGUACGGCCCAUGCCAUACUCAAUGCGGUACAUUUUGCAGUACAUAACAAAUUGUUGGGUGAAUCACUAGCACGUUCUAAUCCAUACAGUAGUUAAAUUCUAACCUGCUAAAAAAUUUAUCAGAAUUAAGUUUUUAAAAAAAAAUUACCAAACAAAGGAGUUUUCUAUUAAAGUGUGUGUGUAUUUUUUAAGUUUAAUUUUUAAGGAAAUAUAUUUGUGAUGGGACUGAGUGAUUGGCGGCCGUUUAUCUAUGGGGGUCUAGCUUCUUGUGUAGCAGAGUUCGGUACAUUCCCGAUUGAUACAUCUAAGACUAGGUUACAAAUUCAGGGACAGAAAGUUGAUAUUAAACAUGCCAAGCUUAAAUACAGGGGGAUGCUUGAUUGUCUUUUGAAAAUUAUUAAGUACGAAGGACUUCCUGCUCUUUAUGCCGGAAUUUGGCCUGCAGUAUUAAGACAAUCGACAUAUGGCACUAUAAAAUUCGGUACUUAUUAUUGUUUAAAAGACUUUUUCGUUAAACAUUACGGACGCGAAUCCGUCCAAUUAAAUGUAUUAUGUGCUGUGAUUGCUGGUUCGUUUUCGAGUGCCAUCGCAAAUCCAACUGAUGUCCUUAAGGUUCGGAUGCAAGUCGAAGGCACAACAGGAAACAUUUCGUUAUUUGCAUGUUUUAAAAACGUUUAUUAUCAAGAAGGAAUCUCCGGAUUGUGGCGUGGUGUUAGUCCAACAGCACAAAGAGCUGCUCUUAUUGCAGCUGUUGAACUUCCGGUUUACGAUUUUUGCAAAAGUCAUCUUAUGAUAUACUUAGGAAAUAACAUAUCAAAUCAUUUUAUUUCUAGCUUUACAGCUGGAUUUGCAAGUGCGCUAGCAUCGACCCCAAUCGAUGUAGUAAGGACGAGACUGAUGAACCAAAGAAAAUUAAAAUACUGUGAGCAAAGGAUACCGGCACAUUUAUAUGCUGGAACUUUAGAUUGUUUUGUUCAAACAUUCAAAAACGAAGGAAUUUGGGCGUUUUAUAAAGGUUUUGUGCCCACAUUAUUUCGUAUGGGACCCUGGAAUAUAAUUUUCUUUGUUACUUAUGAACAACUAAAAAGGAUUUAUUAAAUUAAUUGUUUCUAAUCAAAUUUUCGCACAGCAUGUGGCUUUCCUGUUAAUAAUAGUACAAUUGAAACGGUGUAUUAUCACUUUAAUCUAUUUAUUUAUUU